AUGACCUGGAUGACCGAGAUCUCCAUACACAUCCUGGCUGCUUUCAGAGCCGCUGCUGGCUUGGAGGGAGAAGGAAGCGAGAAGGGAAGGUUCGCUGGAGAAUUUACCUGGCUGAGAAGCAGAAUGUUGGGCCCUGAAUUCUGGAGCCAAGUCCACGCGCCAGACCAAGAAAGAGGCGACCGACCAUGCUCCAUCCACCAGGAAAGGAGGGUCUUUUCUCCGGCUGCGGAUGGCGCCCCUUGGAAUGACUCUCUUCUUCUCCGGCCGUGCUCAUCUCUUGCCACUUCUUGGCACCUGGCUUGUAGGAUCAGGUGUCUGAAGGAGAACUAUCCUCAUGAUAAGAAGCUGCAGGCUCUGAAGAAGAUGAUCCUUGCCCAGCGGCGCAAAUGCAUCCCUCACCUUCCGGAAAAAAACAUCCCCAGUUUCCCUUUGGAAGUGGAAUCUCGGAGCACGAAACCUCUGAAGAGGAAGGUCUGCAAAGCUGGAGCCUUCUCGGCUCCAGCCUGCCCAGGUCACAGCAAAAGAACAGGAAAGAAGCUCAAAACCGGACAGAACUCGGCAUCUUCCUCCCGGAAGGCAGAGAGAGAGAGAGCUGUUUCUUUAUUUGGAGUAUCUGCUUGGAGGGAAGGCCAAAAACUGGCUAGAGACGUUCUUGGCCCACCACUGAAAUAUCAAAAUCUGAAAACUGAACUGAAAAGCAAAGCCAAGGAGUCUCUCCAAGAAUCUCAGGGGGAUCCGUUCACAGAAUCCUGGUCUGAUCGAAGCUUCAGAGAAAAUGGCCAAGCUGUACAGGCUGAGAUGACGAAGAUGACAAAACGAGAGAGACACGCUGCCCAACUAAACCGUCAGCGGCAGGACUGGAAAAACUCUGGCUGGGCACAGACACGGAGCAGAAGGCGCCAGGAAGCUCCAGAUACAGAGAAGAAGAAUGAAAACCAUCCGAGAUCGGCAGGAAGAACGAGAAAAGCAGGAUCUACAAAGGGAUCCUCUGAUGGGUUGAAGGCCACACCUUCUCCUAAGAUUCAAAAUGCAUCUGCUGAGAUGAUGGGCAUGAGAGAGACCUCCAGGCCUGGCAAGGGAAGACGGAAUGGGUCUUCUUUGAGAAGUGAAACUCCGAGGAACGAACGCCAACCCACAACCACGUUGAUGGAGGCCAAGAAGAAGCCCUAUAGCCCUGAACAGCUCCGCGAAUAUAUGGUCCAGAAGGCCGCUGAGAGAAAUAGGAGGAUCCAAGAAGAGAGGAAGACCGUCAAGCAAGCCCAAGAAGAGCGAAACAAGAAACUUCAAGAGGUCUACCGAAAACAGAGAGAAGCAGCUGGCAGAAGCCGCCAUUGUGCAGAACAACUGAGAGAAGACCUGACUUCCGUCACACCCACCGAGAAUGAUCUUGAUUUGAAAUACCCAGGUGUACGGUCUCCAGCAACAGAUGCCCCAAAAGGUGUUCAUCGAGCAUCACAGACUCUGCUAAGGAAGGAGUUAAAAUUCAACAGUGAGUUGGAGCCAAGAAUGGACAAAGCAGGACAAGGGACUCCGGUGCUGGGAUUAUGCACCUCAAUGGACCCUGAAGGUCAACUGGGGAGCCCUCUGAAACUCAAACAGGUGGACAUCUCCUCCUCUUGGGCAAGCCAUCACUCACCAAGUCCUUUUCAUCUCUGGAGAGAGAAAGGUAUUGGCAGGGAGACACCGUUCUCCUCGGACAUCUCUACCUCCCCUUCUUACAGAAGGAAGCAAGACAGAGUGAAGGCCAUCCACAAUUUAGCUAAAGAUCUCAGUGAGCGGCUGGGGAGAGAAAUGGAGAGGUUACAAGCCACCAAGGCCUCAAGGAGCCAAGGAUGUCCACCUGGAACUCCAUCUAAGAUGACUACUCCAUCAGCAGUUCCUCUUGAGAAGUUUGAUGCUCCAGAAAAUGCAGAGUCUGUUUGGGGUUCAAGACUUGCAUUGAAUCCACUGAUGUGUCCUCAAGAAAGGGCUGGCCUCGAGAAGGAGUUAGGCAUCCCAGUGGUCAAGGAGGAGAUCGUCCAACAUCUUCUGCCAACUGACGGGGGCGGCCUUGAAGUGAUGCCAAUGGACUCGGUUGAACGAAGGCAAAGCGGGACUGAAGAAAAACAUCUGAAGGAAGGUUUUGCUUCCGAGAUGGGAUUUGGGGAGAAGGGCCCUACUGGGGCCCCAGCCAGUGUCUUCCCUGGAAGUGAAAUCCACAUCUUGACUGAAAUUCCAAAGGCUUCUUUGAGGAAGAACCAGCUAGGAAAAAGCAACUGUCAGAACGAACCUCCAGAAAACCCACGGGGACAAGGUGACCCUCCCCUUACAGCACAGCAUCAGCCCUCCGGAUUUCCUUUCCUGUCUAUUAAUUUGCCACCUGGGAAAGCCAGCGCUGCAGAAGAUCUGUCUGAGCCCACAGAUUCAAACAGCCAGUGGAGCGAGAUUGGCCGGUUCUAUGGAGGAGCCAGUUCCUUUGGCCGGCUUAGCCUGACUCUGGUGGAACAAUCCUUGAGGGAAGAGGAGCUGCGAGCCCGGCACCAGAGCACCCUCCUCAGGCUGCGUGAAAAGGCCCUCCGGGAGAAAGCCCAGGCGGAGCUGGCUUGGCUGGAGCAUGGGGAGUGCUCCCCAAACGGAUUGCAGGGAACAGGAGGCCCAUCAUCCACAGCCGAGAAGCAGCUCUCCAUCCUAACCAGGCUGAAGCAAGAGCAGGCAGAAAUCAGACAUCUGCAGAACAUCGGCCGAGCUGCCCAUCAGGAGCGGAAACUUCUGCUCCAGCAGCAAAAGGAGCUCUUAGAAGUGCAGAAGACAACCACACAGCUGUGGCUACAGCUGGCUGGGCAGCUGCCACACCAGAUUUCUGAGAGUCAUAACUCUCAAGGAGUUGGAGUGCUGGAGAAAGAAAAGUUGGAAGUCUCUUCCCAAUCUGGUCCUCUUCUUGCAACCUGUUCAGGGGGAACCGAAUGGAGGAGAAGCAGUUUUGGAGCUGAGAAGAAGCAUCUGGCUGAGUCGAAGGACAUUUUGCCACUGGAGAAUCGGGUGGCAGAAGGAUUUGCAAAGUGGAAACCAGGAAAAGGAGACCCAUCUACGGUCUUGGAAACUACAAUCCAGGAUCUAUAUGACCCUUCUGGUCAAAGAUCCCAGGAUCCAGCCCUCGGAGGUGGAAGAACAGCAGAUCACUUGGCCAGUCGACGAGAAAAAGAACACGAUAACGGUUUGACCAAGAAUUCCCAAGAAGACCAUCCUGGUUCUCCACUGGACAAAGGCCCAGAAGUUUUCGCCUCUGCAGGAUUUUCUUCCGUACUUCGUGAUUUCUGUCCGUAUCCAGAAAAGUCACCGUCCGGUCUUGAAUUCCAUAAGGGCUACGCGGUUCUAGUCAAUCUGUCUGGAAGUUCUCCUUCCCCUUCAGAUCUAGACGAUGACGGCCUACAAGACACGGACAUCAGCCUCCCUGAAGAAUUUGUCUUCCAGGAACCCCCGCCUCACAACCUGGGUGUCUCUACACAUCACGAAGCUCCAGCGGUGCCCAGAAUAGUAAUAAACACAGAGAAUACUCUGUCUUCCUCUGAGAAGAGACCUCAGGGGCAACUAUCUGGUGGAGAUCUUGAGUCGAAAGAUUCAAAGCGUGCUCUGUACAGCCAGCAAAAGAUCUGGGAAGGCGGAGCUGGAACAGAAAGGUUGGAGGAAUCUGCGUCUGUUAUAUCAUCCAACAGUGGAAGGCCGCAGGAGACCAAAAACGUUCGUACACCAACUUUGAGAAGCAGUGCAACUCCUUUGACCGUUUCUGAGGAGCUCUCCUGCGCAGGAAAUGGUGGGAACGAGACGACUUCUCAAAGUUCAUUUGAUCUACGGAUGGUUUUCUCCUCCACCAACGAUCCUUUUCAGAGUCCUGAGACGGAAGCAAAGGAGGACCCUCCGUCUUCUUUUAAUGUAACUGGAGAAGAUGUUGAGGAUGAAACCCUAUCUCAUUUUGGGAACAAGGAGGCAACCGUGACAUUGGCACCAGAUGCUUCUCUGGACAUUGGCUCUCCUCAAGAUUCUGAGGACCCACUACGUGGCCCAAAGCAUUCACUAUGCCAUAGGUUUCCAAAUUCUCCUGAUCACCUGCUAGUUUUAGAGGACAAAACUGGCUGUGCCAACCGUUCAACGGAUGAGUGUGUAUCCCACAAGCCAGACGAAACCACUCUCCAACUCAGCAAAACAUCUGUGGACAACAGGGACCUGGCUGAGGAACAUCGAAAAAGUUCUUCAGCUAAGAUCCAAAAUACAAAUAAAGCUGGAAUGCCAACAGUUCAUUUAAGUUCUCCCCAAGAGGACCUCCUGAAAAACAAAGGGGACGCCGUGUGUUUAAGCAACCAGCUUCUUUGUGAACUGGAGGAUGAUGUGGUGUCUCCUGUGGAUGAAAUGUUGACUUAUGGAAGCAGCGAGCUCCCAUCUUCAACCGAAAAGGAUGCCUCUUCCUGGAGCACAGAUCUUCCAGCUCCACCCGAAAACCUGAGUGGAAAAGAUGACGAGGGCAACUCCAGCCCCCUUGAAUUCCCUUCUCCACCUGAUCCAGUGGUAUCUUAUGAAGCUGAAGAACUUUCCUCACCUCGCGACCUCCCAGCAGAAGGUGUAGGGUCCUCUCCUCAGGCCUGAGCAGAUUCCUCUCCGUUCUCACACUCCCAAAUUCAAAUUUCGGCGUAAAAGUGGAGAGGGAAAUUAUAGUUGCUUUAAAAACAAAUACAGGCAGUUCUCCACGUACAACCAUUCGUUUAGUGACUACUCAAAGUUACAACGGCACUGAAAAAAAGUGACAUGACCGUUUUUCACACUUAUGACCAUUGCCUCAUCAGCAUCAUGUGAUAAAAAUUCAGAUGCUGGCAGCUGACUUGUACUUACGACCGUUGCAGCGCCCGGGGUCACGUGAUCCUCUUUUGUGACCUUCUGACAAGCCAAGUCAAUGGGGAAGCCGGAUUCACUUAGCAACCAUUAUUAACUUAACAACUGCAGUGAUUCACUUAACAACUGCGGUGAGAAAGGCUGUAAAAUGGGGCAAAACUCCCUGAAGAAAUUUCUCACCUAGCAGCUGUAAUUUUGAAAAUGGGGCCGAUGAGGGACAAAACUGGCGCACACCAAAGAUGGCGACACAUUAAACAGCGGGUGCCACAACUGCCAGUCCCAGCAGAUGGAUCACCCAGCCUGUCACCGGCAAGGCUUCAAUAUCAAGAUUAUACUUACUCCAAGGCCUGAUUUUUUUUUUAUUUUAUUUUUUUUGCCUGCCGAGGUUUUGAUCAAUAUUAACCUCUGGGGUCAA